CAAUUAUUACGCACCUGUUCAUUGUUUUAAAACUUAUUUUCAACACUUGUAGUAAAUAUUAAAGUUUAUUCCAUGAUGCGCCUGUUGUGCGUUGAUGGCUUGAUGGCUGUUGCGUCUUGCGCGCUUGCAAAUGUUUCAACAAGUGGGUGAAAAAGUGCAAUUUCUUGUCGGCGGGCGCGAUGAAGGGAGACGGCGCGAAUCGGCGUGCAAAGGUGCGAUCGGUCCGCGGUGCGCGUGUGUCCGACCACGAUCAAACUCUGGCGGGCGCGGCGCGUCGCACGCCCGCCGCACACGGCAUCUCCAAGUGUGUACACAUCUGCCUGCCAAUCCUGCCGUUUUAUCUGAAACUAGCAGGAAGCGCACAAAAGCCGGCGACGGCGACGCUUAGUUUAGCCGCAGCUGUCAACUGAAACGCCCGCCAAAAAAUAAAUCUCGUGCGGAGCGCGCGAACGCAACUUUGCACACGCAAAAUAUUUGACGAAACUUUCAACAACUGAUCAAAUCAAAUCAAAUUAACAAAUAAUUCAAGUUCAAGUUUGAAAUAAAAUUAAAUAAUUUUAAAGUGUUUCUGAGUGUUUUAUAAAUUAAUAAUUUUAAAAUGAUUUAAUUUGAUGAUAAAUUAAUUUAAAAAAAAUUUAAAAUGGAAACAAUGUCGCAUACGAAAAGCGCUCAUGAGCUGGUUGAAGUCACACAGAGUCUUCUUCGCAGUCAGAAUCAUCAGGAGGAAAACGGCAGCGUGGAGACACUCACCGCCGGCGGCGAAGAGAAAAAGUUCGAGGAAAGUCCACGCAGUAAAACUAAAGAAAAGAAAAACAAUCUGCAUCAACACCAACAGCCGCAUUCGACACCAACAUCCACUUUUGACGACGGUUAUGGUUCUUGCAAUAGCACACCACAAGGUUCUGGCAAAAACUCCGGGAAACAGUUGAAUCCGUUCACAAACUGUGUGACCAUACGGAAAAAAGACCUACACGUCCAAUUAGAAGAAGAUGAAAAGUUCGAGUCGUUCGCGUUGUCGACCAGCUCCAGCCAAGUGGAAGCGGAUCCAGACUCACCGAAGGACCCCAAUGGGGGUGUGGACGAUGGCCGCGAGACGUGGAGCUCAAAUGCUGACUUUUUGUUGUCGAUAAUCGGCUUUGCUGUCGAUUUGGCGAACGUCUGGCGGUUUCCAUACCUGUGCUAUCGCAACGGUGGCGGAGCUUUCCUCAUACCUUAUACACUGAUGUUGGUUUUCGGGGCUGUUCCACUCUUCUACAUGGAGCUGAUCCUCGGCCAGUUCAAUCGCGAGGGGCCUAUCAGUGUCUGGCGAAUAUGUCCCCUGUUCAAAGGUGUCGGAUUCUGUGCCGUCCUCGUCGCCUUCUACGUUUCGUUUUAUUACAACGUUAUAAUAGCAUGGUCGUUGUACUUCCUCGGCGCGAGCAUCAGCGAAAAUCUGCCGUGGUUGAAUUGCAACAACACGUGGAAUACUGAUUUGUGCUGGGACAACACCACCUCCAAACGCAUCUCACCGAAUACCAGUGUUCCGGAAGAGUUUAGCAAUCGUCAUACACCAGCAUCUGAAUUUUUUCAUCGUAAAGUAUUAGAAAUGCAAGGAAGCGAAGGUCUUCACGACAUCGGAUUCCCAAAAUGGCAACUGGUACUUUGCUUGAUGAUCGUCUACAGUAUGUUGUACAUCUCACUUUUUAAAGGCGUCAAAUCAUCCGGAAAAGUGGUCUGGAUCACAGCAACCAUGCCCUACGUAGUCCUGACUAUUCUUCUCAUCCGAGGUCUGAUGUUACCUGGAGCCCUCAAGGGUAUUUCUUACUACCUCCAACCGGAACUAUCAAAAUUGAAAGAAACCCAAGUGUGGGUUGAUGCGGCCGUGCAAAUAUUUUAUUCCGUCGGGGCUGGUUUUGGUGUACAUUUAUCCUAUGCCAGUUAUAAUACAUUCCAUAACAAUUGUUAUAGAAAUUGUAUAGUUACCACUGCAGUCAACUGCUUCACGAGUUUCUUUUCCGGUUUUGUCAUCUUCACUUACCUUGGUUACAUGUCCUAUAAACAAGGAGUUCAUAUCAGCGCAGUCGCAACGGAAGGUCCUGGUUUGGUGUUUCAAGUGUACCCGGAAGCAGUUGCCACUCCGGGAAGUCACUUCUGGUCGAUGCUGUUUUUCUUCAUGUUGAUCAUGCUGGGGCUUGAUUCUGCUAUGGGUGGAUUAGAAUGCGUCAUAACUGGUUUAAUGGAUGAAUUCGCCGGAUUCUUCAAGCGUAUUAGACUCUCCCGAGAAAUGUUCACGUUGGUCAUCAUUUUCCUCUCGUUUUCAGUGGCUACCAUCAAUGUUACACCGGGAGGUAUCUAUAUGUUUCAUCUUUUGGACACUUACGCCGCUGGUAUCUCUCUGCUCUGCUCGGCGCUCUUUGAAGCAAUCGCCGUCUCUUGGUUUUACGGUCUGGAUAAGUUUACGCAAGACGUCGAGGCGAUGAUUGGCAUCAAACCGGGCAUCUACUGGCGAAUAUGCUGGAAAUUUAUCAGUCCACUGUUUAUCAUCGGCGUUGUGUUGUUUGGUUUGCUGAAUCCACAACAGCUGCAAUACAACGAUUAUCUUUAUCCGAAUUGGGCAGUGUUGUUAGGGUGGGGAUUAGCGAUGUCUUCGAUAUUGAUGAUUCCAAUUGUGGCCAUUACGCAAUUGUGCAAAACAAAAGGAGAUUUCACCGAAAGAAUAGCCAUAAACAUUUCACCAAAAGAAGAACACGAGCUGAUCCGUCAAGAAAAACUCGUAAGUCGAUUCAAAGCGAAGCACUGGCUGUACGUGUAAGUGUAAGACUAAGAAUCUCCAGCACACCCACAUUAAUAAAAAUUUAAGCAUUGAAGCAAGUGUUGCCACCUAUUUACUUCGUUGACAUAUUGACAAACGAAAUAAUUGAUUCUUAUAGUAUGUGUGUGUGAAAUUACGCUGGCCGUAAUGUUUUUAUACAAGCACAAUGCGUACGCAACACGUACAAAUACAAAGUAUUAUUAUUAAUAUUAAAAUCGAUAUGCGCAUGCGCACACCAACCGGAAAUUUUAUUUAAACAUUCCAAAACUUACAAAAAAGAGCUUAUAAACUCGAAUCAAAAAAAUAUCAGCAACAACUGACGCAUACGCCAUUAUUCCAAUCAUUAACCGAUUUCCGGUUGUGGUGUUUCAUGCGAUAUUCGAAUAAACAAUUGUAUUAUUACUUAUUACUCUCUAUAAAGUUGUAGAUUUAAGUGAAACUCAUGCAUGCACAAGGAUUUGCAACAAAAGCGGGCAAGAUCAAGCUGCAUCUUGUACAUAUAACCUUGUCUAACCUAACAUAACCUCCAAUAACCUAACCUUAAAUGUGUAGAGGAAUUUAAACGUCCUGUAUGUGUACUUGAAAUUGUACAAAUGUGUUGUUUCCGUUUGUUCGUCAAUCACACACAUCGAUUGUGCGAUCGUUUUGACAACAAAAGUGUAACGCUAGUAAUAAUUGCGAGAGCGCAACAAACGAAUGGGUCCAAACUGGCAUACCUCUUGCAGAGACAGACUCAAAUAAAUACUAUAAGCCAUUUUGAUUCGAAUAAGCAAAACAACAAAACUUGCUUUGUUUGUCACGCAUUUAUCUAAUACUUAGAAUCAAGAAAAUAUGUGUAGAGAAAUAGCUUUAAAAGUGUUAAUAAGUCGUUGAGUACUUAACUUAACUACUGAUAUGAUUGUAUGUAUAGAAAAUGUAACGUCUAACGUUAACUCUGUGUUGAUCGUUGAAACGUAAUCUAGGAAAAUAUUGCAAUGCUGCAGAUUGCAAUGCGAUUUGCAACGCUAGACAAAUACAUGUAAUGUUAUUGAAUCGUGUGAUAAAUGUAGUUUGUAUUAGUUGAAUGUAAAAAAAACGCUCUUUCGUUUCACUUAUCUAAGUCAAUGUCUACGUUUAUGAUAUGAUACUACUUAAUUUGUAAAUUCAAUGUGAAUAGCUGAAUACCGGCAUUCGAUGUACGUUAGAAACAAUCAUGCCUUCGUUGUUUCUAAUCGAAUGGAAAAUGCGACUUGUUAUUCAUGUGUAAAUAUAAAUAAAAUAUUAAUAAUAAA